AGGGCAACCGGCUCUGUGUGGGGAGGGGGGCGUGGCUCUCAACGUUGCACGUUGCUGAGCUCAAAUGGGGCAUAUAAGCGCCAAAUGAGCUGCAGUGCACGCAUGCAGCCUGCAGCACGGCGAGCAAGCUGAGGAAUUCAACAGGUCCCUGCCGAGUUGUGUGUCCUGCAGGGUCUGGAUGAGCCCCAGCUGCCUCAGCUCAUUUGGUCUGAUUGAUGGAUUUAAAUGCUUUCUCACUGUCAGCCUGCAAUCAUCUUCCAGGAGGCUCCACAUCUGGAAUAUUUCUACGAGGAGGAUAUUUUCGAUCCUUUAGGAGAUAUUUGAGACAAAAGCUGCCUACAGUGUCAUUUCUUAGCCAUGGAGAGGUCCCUGGUUCUGUCCGCUGGCUGGGUCAGAGGUGCACUUCUGAUCCCAUGCUUUAUCCAAACCGUCCUGGCUAUGGUCCUUCCCAACUCCACAGGACUGGAGUCCAUUCUGGACAAGUAUAGAAAUAGAGACGAGGAGUGGUGGAGGACAAGGUCGAGAGGGAGGAGGGCUAUCAGCCAGGAGGACAUGCAUCUCAUCGUGGACCUGCACAACAAGCUGCGGGGUCAGGUCUAUCCUCCUGCCUCCAACAUGGAGCACAUGAUGUGGGAUUAUGAGUUGGAACGAAGUGCGGAGUACUGGGCACACAUGUGUAGAUGGGAGCAUGGACCGAACCACAUGUUAACACAGAUAGGCCAAAACCUGGGAGUGCACUGGGGCAGGGACCGCCCCCCGACUUAUCAUGUACAGGCCUGGUAUGAUGAAGUCAGAUAUUACAGCUAUCCAUACUCCCAGGAAUGCAACCCACACUGUCCGUUAAGAUGCUCAGGACCCGUCUGCACUCAUUACACUCAGUUGGUGUGGGCAACCAGCAACCGCAUCGGCUGUGCCAUCAAUGUGUGCUACAACAUGAACGUGUGGGGAAUGAUCUGGGCUAAAGCUGUCUAUCUGGUCUGCAACUACUCUCCUCCGGGAAACUGGUGGGGCCAUGCUCCUUAUAAAUAUGGAGCUCCCUGUUCUGCCUGUCCGGCCAGUUAUGCUGGUGGCUGCAGGGACAAUCUUUGUUAUAAAGAUGGGGGUGUUGACAGGCGCCCAGCUCCUGAAAUUGAGGAGACAAACUUUAUUGAACCAGAACAAGAACCAGUGAGGGACCGAGAGCCUCAGCAAAGAACUCAAACAUCAAAUCCGUCGCCUGAUGAGAAUCCUGAGACAGACCAGACUGUCAGCACAGAACAAAUGUCCCAACAGGUUGAGUGUGAAACCAAGCUGAGGGACCAGUGCAAGGGCACGACCUGCAACAGAUAUGAGUGUCCACCUGGUUGCCUUGAGAAGCCUGGAAAAGUAGUUGGAACCGCCUACUAUGACAUGCAAUCCAGUGUGUGUGGAGCUGCACUACACUCUGGAGUCAUUGACAAUGAUGGCGGAUGGCUGGACGUGACGCGACUUGGCCGAAAGCAACAUUUUACCAAAUCAUACAAGAAUGGGAUCCAAUCCAUUGGGAAAAACAGAAGUGCAAACUCUUUCAAAGUGGACCCAGUACCUGUGAAGGCUGUUACGUGCGAUAUGAACGUGGCAUCUUACUGUCCUUUUAAGAAACCUGUUCGCCACUGUCCCAGAUUGUAUUGUCCGAGGAACUGCCUGCAUAGCAGUCAAGCUCAAGUGAUUGGAACAAAGUAUUACUCAGAUAAGUCCAGUAUUUGUAGGGCAGCCAUCCAUGCGGGAGUGAUCCAGAAUGAGUCAGGAGGGUAUCUUGAUGUGAUGCCAGUGGACAAGAGACAACAUUACACUGGCUCUUACCGAAAUGGCAUCUCAUCUGCAAGUUUAAUGAACCCCACCGCAGGAAAAGCCUUCAGAGUUUUUGCAGUCAUUUGAAAAUAAAUGCCAUCCGACCAUCUUCUUAACCCGCUGCAUCCCCCUUUCGGGGUCACCAGAGCCUGUCCCGGCUACAGUCGGCGAAGGCGGGGUACACCCUGGACAGGUCGCCAAUCUGUUGCAGGGCUGAAACUAAAUGAAGAAAUGUUUAUAAAAAUAAAGCCACCUUAGUUCUAACAUGCUCAUCCAUGAUGACAGAACAUGACGUACACUGCAAACAAAAAAAAAACUGUAGUUAAAUACUAUUUUUGAAUCUAGAGGAUAGAAAAAGUGGGUUAAAUUUAAUCAUUGGGAAAAUCACUGUCUAAUAAGAAUGUAUCUAAGCAGAUUUGGUCCAAUAUAGACAUGUGUUUGUUGCCGUACACCUGAAUUUAUUGAUAUAAAACACAAUGGAAAAUUGCAAAAGGGUGUAUGGUGUCGAGUAUUUUUUUCUUUUUUUUAAUCGUCAAAUUACAAAGGUUUAAUCUGGUUCCAGAUUAAACUGGUUCCAGAUUAAACUCAUCAGACUGUCAGAAAACAUUGUACAUUUUGUAUAAACAUAUGAUGUAAAUAAUGUUAACAACACGCUCGCUUCUGUGGUCUCAUUUGUUUCUAUCUAGUUUCAGCAGCUGUACAAAGGAAACAAGCAACCUGUAACUUCUGCAUGCAAAAAUGAAUAUGUUCUAUUUCAUAAAAGGCAUACAAUACCAACAUAGUUUAUUCAUAUGAUUGUAGAUAAUGGAAAACAUCUGUACCAUGAUCCUUUUUUUCUUUACAUGCAGAAUUUUUUAUGUGUUUUUAUUACUGGAGCCUGGCUGGCCAGGUCUGUGCAUGGCAGAAUCAUAAUAAAGAGUUUUGAAAAUA